GUCAUUAAUCAUUCCUUGACCCGAAUUUAAAUUUCUUUAUUUCAGAUGAAAUUGCACUAGGUAAAGAUGUCUCAUAUGUCUCAAAAAAGCAACUCAAAUUUGCAGCAGACUGCUGGUUUAGCUGAACUGUCUGUCAAAACUCCGAAUGGAUUUCUGUCUCCCGCUUUAACAAUGAACAAGGAGAUGUCUCCAUCUCAUUAUCAUGAUAAUUCCUCUCGGAGAUCAUCAACUUCCAAUCAUAGCGAGGCAUUUAUCCAUAGUCAGUUUACUAAGGAGGAUGUAUUGGCUCUUCCAGCUAAUGCUGUAGAACGGUUUGAUCUGUUUGAAGAGAUAGGGCAAGGAACUUAUGGCCUAGUUCACAGAGCUGUUGAUGUAGUUUCUAAACGACAAGUUGCAAUCAAGAUAGUUGAGAAUAUUGAAGAGAACAUUGAAGAAGUUCUUCAGGAAUAUCAGAUACUGACAGAUCACAGUCUGCAUCCAAAUAUUCCCCAACUCUAUGGAGCAUUCAGAUGUGGACCACAUAUAUGGUUCUCUCUUGAGCUGUGUGAUGCUGGACCUGCAUCUGAACUAGCUCGACAACUUGUGAAACGAGGUCGUCGUCUUAUUGAUGAUCAGAUAGCGUACAUCAUCAAGGAGGUCCUACAUGCUCUCAUCUACUUACAGGAGAGUCACUGUAUUCAUAGAGAUGUUAAAGGAAGUAAUAUUCUUCUUAACAGACAGGGAGAAGUUAGACUAGUGGACUUCGGUAUUUCUUGUCAGUUAGGGAAUGCUGAAGAACGACGAAGGACCCGUGUAGGGACCCCCUACUGGAUGGCCCCUGAGGUUAUACUAGCUGGAGAUCCAGAUGUAAUUGUGGAGUAUGAUGGAAGAUGUGAUGUAUGGUCUCUAGGUAUUACAAUUAUUGAGCUAGCUGAAGGAGCCCCACCUCUACAUAAUCUACAUCCUAUGAGAGCACUUAUGCAGAUACCUAAAAAUCCACCACCAAGGUUAUCCCACCCUGAGGAGUGGGGUUUAGCUCUACAUGACAUAGUGACUGAAACCUUGAUCAAAGAUUAUGAUCAAAGACCUAUGCUCCAGGAAGUAAUAGAACAUCCUCUCUUCAAAUCUAUUCCACAGAAUCCAACGUAUAUUCAACAUGGGUUAUGUAUGCUGAUGAAAUGGGUGGAUAAGGAGAAAUUGAACAAGGCUGAUGAGUUUGGAACUGCUAUUCAUAAGGAGUUAAAACAUAAAACUCUGAAUGAUGUGGAUAUGAUCAAAACUGAGAAUAUUGUGAACAGUCACGAAUACAUGCAGUCAAAGAAGAUUGCGGAAACUUUGCAAAAAAGACGAGAAGCCAAACUUGCAUUCACAUACGUGGGUGAUUUAUUGAUUGCAGUUAGCCCUGAGUAUCAGGACUUUACUGAAAUACCGAAAUUUGAACCCAAUGAGCCGCAUAUUGUGGCAGAGGCAGAAAAUGCAUUUAACAAAAUGAACCAUGAGAAGAAAAAUCAGUUACUUUUGAUCUAUGGUUACUCUUCAAGUGGAAUAGGCAAUACAUACUCCAUGGCUCUGAAUACACUGUGUAAACUAGGUUCAGAGGAGAGGUUUGAAGUGAAAAAUACUCAUGAUAAAGUUCUCGGAGCAGAUUUUAUCAUACAAAUGUUGACAUCACGAAAUUUGAACCAGGGUAAGUCAGCAUUUAGGGUUACAAAGCUUUGCUUCAACAGUACUGGUUGCUUGAGCGGGGCCCAGUUUGAUACUUUCUUCCAGGACGGAUUAACUAACUUUCAAACUGCCGUGAACGAUUUAGCAGUUUUUCAAACGGUUAUAAUAGGAUUAAGGAUGCAGGGACGAAUAAGGGAGUUUGGUCUUCAUCAUUUUCUGUCGGAGGAAGAUAUGCCUGAUAUGUUAUUGAAAGAGACUUUGAGUAAUUACACCAAGUUUAUUAAAUCACUCCAGCUUCUUGGGUUUCGUACAGAAACUGGAAUUCAUACUAUUCUACGAGUUCUUGUUGCUAUUCAACUUAUUGGCAAACUUACAUUUGAAAGGGAAGGAGAUAUUCAUCAAGUAGUGAAUACAGACGUUCUAGAAACUAUUGCCAACCUUCUGGAGUUAGAUGCAGAGUUUCUGGUCAGAGCUCUCACUCAAACCAAUGUUAUGACGGAUGGAAAAUUCUUUCACUGUCAAGAACCCGAAAUCAAUUCUGUUGCUUUUGCCGGUGUUCUGUACAGUAGGCUACUGGAUUGGGUUGAGGACUAUAUUAACGGUCAUCUCAAACUUUCCAUUGCUAUUCAUGGAUUCAAGCAUUCGAUCACUAUAACAGAAUUCCCAAGCAUCGCUGUCAAAACUGGAGUUGUUUCAGAUGAUUUUGGAACCCUCCUGGCAAACUGUACCAACGAGAUCAUUCACUGGUUGGUAAUCAAGCUAACCAUUAAACUAGAAGAGAUUGAGGCAAAACAAAACAGGAUCAAAUUACAGUAUCCAAAUGUAAAGGACAACAGGGCUACUCUUGACUCUCUCCUCUCCGAUUCUGGAUUUUUCUCCGUACUGAACGAGUGCUCCAGCCAAAUGUGCUCCUUUGACCGAGACCUCGGCAAACAAUAUCUUGGUGGCAAGUAUGUCAGCUCCCCGGAUUGCCAUUUGGAAUCUAAUUCUCUGAAAAUAAAUCAUUUUUGGUCCCAAACCAAAUACGAUACAAGCGGAAUGUUUGAACGAAAUGAGAAUUUUGUUAACCCCGAAAUUAUCCAAACCAUGACGUCAUCCUCUGACGAGUGUCUGAGAAAUCUGUUUCAGUUUCCAUUGGACAAGUUUGGAAAAGUAGACUUUGAUGACAAUGGAGAGACUGUUGGAUAUUCCCAAACACUAGCCCAGCAAACCAUAAUUAUAAGGUACAGGUAUUGGAUUGAAGAAUUGAUGAAGCUGAUAGCUAACACCAGGAUGAGCAUCAUAUUCUGCUUUGAUAACAAUGCUAAUCUGGGGGAGCAAGUUGAAGCAUUUAAUAUAAAAGAGUUUGCUUAUGUGCGAAAGAAGGGAUUCCCUCAUAGGCUUUCCUUUGCUGAAUUCCUUCGUCAAUAUUGCUUUCUGGGAUUCGACUUUGAUGAAAGAGUCGUGGCUACAAAAGACAAUGCCCAGCUUCUCAUGCUCAGACUGUCAAUUGAUGGGUUUGAAUGUGGAAAAAGAAAGAUAUUCCUUAAAUAUUAUCACAUCAACUAUCUUUCUAACAUCUUUAAUUCUCAGUAUCGAAAAAUAGUUGUUAUUCAGUCUACAGUUAGAAGGUACUUGGCGAAAAGACGGGCAGAACGAGAGAAAACGUCUAAAUUGGCGUCAAAAAUGAUGAUGGUUAAACGAAUAACAAACAAGUGGAAACGAUAUAAAUCUACCGUACCCAAAGGAAACACAAGAAUAAGGAAACCCAAUACGAAAUUCUCCACAAUGCAAAAGAACAAGGCGGCUCUGGAAAUACAGAGACAUUUUAGAGGGUUUUCAGUUCGACAAAAACUGGGUGUUAAAGCCAGAUACGACCUUCUUAAAGUUCUGUCGUCAAUUAAUCCUGGCAGAAAAGAGGAGGCAGAAGAAAUUUUAAAGGAGGAAGGCUUGAAUAUACACCAGGCAAAGGCAGCAGUGGCUGAAAUUGAAAAGGCAAUUAAAGGUCAUCAAACCCAGGCCAUCAUAACACAAGAAGAAAUGUUUAAGAUUUUCUCUGGAAAGGUUUUCACUGACAACCUGGAUAUUCAAUUAUCCCUGAAGAAGAAUAAAGAAAGCAGUAACAUUGAGACUAUUCAACCUGUUCCAUCAAACUUUAGACUCAAGAAGAUGGGUCCAGAAGAUUUUAUAGAAAUACAAAAGUUGAACAAGGGACAUAAUGACAUGUUUCUUCCUCCAAUUAAACUGUACGAUAUGGUAAACUUCUACUCUGACAAGGGUCCCAGUGAUCCUUGGGACUUCCAUAUUGAUGCACUGGUUUAUGAGCUCGGCUGUAAGAUAACUCACGAUGUUGGCCAUGUUAUUAAAGAAAGAACUACUGAGAAAGUCCGGGUACCCAGCAAGGAUAAUGAGUCCCCAAGACAAGAAAACAACCGAUCUCUAAAAGUCCCCUCUACUAGCUCUAGGAUGAAUAAGUCUAUGACAAAAUCUCCCCCAGCCAAGGUUCAGAUGAAAACUAGCGCCACCUAUCAUGGAGGACUGAACACUGCAGCUUUACACGGGACGCCAUCGGGUAUACUCACUCCAGGAGCUAUAUCAAAAACAGCAUCUCCAGGAGCAUCUAGAGCAGGAUCUACACCAAUAUCCAGAGCUGUGUCUCCAACAGCAUCCAGAUCAAGAUCUCCUGCCUCAACAUCAUCAAGAGCUAAGUCUCCAGUAGCUACCAGAGCAAAGUAUCCUGUAUCAAAUAGAAAAAUGUUCCAACCUGCAGCAGAAACCAAACAGAUGAGUACAAGCAUUGUACAUCAGCUAAACAUGUUGAAAAAGAGUGCUUCUACCCACGGUGAGUUGAGCCAGGAAGAUGGUCCAUUUGAUUUUCGAUCUCUACUCCGACGCACUGAUCAGCUCCCUACAGAUACCCUCAGAAGAUGCAGGGUCAGAAACCUUCCUGUUCUUCAUGCAGAAGUAGCCGAGUCUUGUGUUAUGAGUUUAGAGUCCAACGAGAUUUCUCUUUAGAAAGAAAGUUUAGAUAAUUCUGUUAAAUCUUAUUAUUUUGUAAUUAGAAAUUAGAAUUAAUAAAUUGGAAAAUAUUUUAAAAACUUCCAGAAAAAGAA